AUGGCAUCCCCUGAGAAUAAGGCUUCUUCCAAGGUGCUUAUCAUUGGAGCUGGCUUUUCUGGUCUAGCUGCGGCUUGUCAACUUCGAAGGAAGCACAAUUGUGAUGACUAUAUCAUCUAUGACCGUUCAUCUGCUCCAGGAGGGACUUGGUGGGCAAAUAAAUAUCCAGGAUGUGCUGUGGAUAUCCCAGCGGUCUUCUACAGUCUAUCAUUUGCCCCAAAUCCCGAUUUUUCGCGAGUCUACCCCCCACAAGCGGAGAUAUUGGACUACUUCAACAGAGUUGCGGAUAAGUUUGAUGUCUCUCGACACAUAGUUCGGAAUACAGAAUGGGAAGGGGCCUAUUGGCAAGAACAGACAAACAGUUGGUUGGUCAAGUUGAAGAACUUGUCCACAGGUCAAACCUUCUUCCACGACUGCAAGAUCUUGAUAUCUGCGGUUGGGGCCUUGGUGAACCCAAAUCAAUUUGACAUUCCGGGUGUCGAAGUCUUCAAAGGCGAUAUCGUUCAUACCGCUGCGUGGAAAGCGGACAUGUCUCUUCACCAGAAAGAUGUGAUUGUCGUUGGUAACGGAUGUUCGGCUGCUCAGCUCAUUCCUGCUAUUGCUGAGGAAGCUCGAAGCAUCUCCCAAUUCAUUCGGACCCCCCAAUUCUAUUUGCAAAAUGAAAACAAGCAAAUCGACGACAACUGGAAAUUCAUUUUUCGCUAUGUUCCCGGUGCUCUACGUUCCCUGCGACUGCUUGUGUUUCUCUAUUUGGAGAGCACAGCUAUCAGAUUCAAUGUUAAUUAUAACGGAACCAAAGCCAGAAAUCACUCAGCAGACAGAAGCAAGGCUUACAUUCAAAGCUAUGCACCCAGUAAGCUCAAUUCAAUGAAGAGGGAUAAUUUUUGUCAACCCCCAUGCUUACUAUUCUGCCUUCAGCAAAGCAAUAUUCAUCUUACGAAUGACCCGAUUGUCGAGAUUUCAUCUCAUUCGAUUUUCACCAAGUCUGGUCAGGAAUAUCCUGCAGAUGCAAUUCUGCUCGCCACCGGAUUCUCCCUGACGCAGUACGAUGUAGAGCUGGUAGGGCGGAAUGGCCGAACCCGUAAUGAGCACUGGGAUAAAUUCGGGUACAAAGAGGCAUACAAAUCCACUGCAAUGUCCGAUUUCCCUAAUUUCUUCUAUGUUCUGGGCCCCAACUCCGGUAAAGGCCACACAUCUGCCAUUUACUGCAUUGAGAACUACGUCAACCUCGUCAUGAAGGUGAUUGCACCGGUUAUUCAAGACCGCUGUUCCUUUGUCGAGGUCAACCCCAACAGCGAGAAAGAUUACAACGAGGAAUUGCAUGAGAAAAUCGCCACGACGAUCUUCAAUAGCUCAUGUGGCAGUUAUUUCAUCGACUAUAAGACUGACAAGAAUUGGUUCAUCUACCCAUGGAACUCAUUUGUCAUGUGGUAUACCACGCAUUGGGGGCGUUUGGAUGACUGGAUAUACGAUGUGAGUUGA